UUUUCCCCCACAUAUCCCCUUCCCCCCUUCGCCUCUAGCAAUGGCAGGACCUGAAGAGGCUAGCACGUCUGCGGCAGCCCCGACGUUCAAGUCGUUGGGACUUAUAGAUCCUCUGCUCGAAGCCCUCGACAAGAUGAGCUUCAAGGCACCCACCGAGAUUCAGGCUCAAGCCCUCCCCCAUGCUCUGGAGGGACGAGACAUCAUUGGUGUCGCUUCCACUGGCUCAGGAAAGACCGCUGCAUUUGCCCUCCCCAUUCUGCAAAAACUCUGGGACGACCCGAAGGGGCUCUUUGCAUGCGUCCUUGCGCCGACCAGAGAACUUGCGUACCAGAUCUCACAACAAUUCGAAGCUCUCGGGUCUGCUAUGGGUGUCCGAUGUGCAGUCAUAGUCGGUGGAACAGACAUCAUGGCGCAGAAGGUCGCCCUUGCGAAGCGACCGCAUAUCGUUGUAGCCACACCGGGACGUCUAGAUGAUCACUUGGAAAAGACUAAGGGAUUCAACUUAAGGGGGAUUAAAUUCCUGGUGCUGGACGAGGCCGACAGACUCCUUGACAUGGACUUCGGUCCCGUCAUCGACAAAAUCCUGAAGGUCAUACCGAAGGAACGAACAACCUACCUUUUCUCCGCAACGAUGACGACGAAGGUAGCCAAACUGCAGCGAGCCAGUUUGUCGAACCCAGUACGAGUCGAGGUCAAUACCAAAUAUCAGACCGUCGACUCCUUGUUACAAUACUACCUCCUCAUGCCGUUGAAGGAGAAGGAUACACUGCUUGUAUAUCUCGCAAACACAUUAGCGCAGAAUUCCAUCAUUAUUUUCACUAGGACGGUGAACGAUGCUGCACGGCUAUCAAUCAUAUUGCGCACACUAGGCUUUCCGGCAGUACCCCUGCACGGUCAGCUCAGCCAGAGUCAGCGCUUAGGAGCUCUUUCAAAAUUCAAAAGCGGUGGUCGCAAGGUCCUUGUCGCCACCGAUGUCGCUAGCCGUGGUCUAGAUAUCCCCUCUGUCGACAUCGUCAUAAACUUCGACAUCCCCACCCAUUCGAAGGACUACAUUCACCGCGUCGGCCGUACAGCUCGCGCCGGGCGCGCCGGAAAGUCCAUCACCUUCGUCACCCAAUACGACGUCGAGUUUAUCAUGCGCAUCGAAAAGGUUAUCGGGAAGAAGAUGGAGCUUUGGCCGACGGAUGAAGAGGAGGUAUCUCUCUUGCGCGAACGUGUGGGCGAGGCUGCGAGGGUGGCGGCGGCAGAGAUGCGGGAUCAGGCAAAAGCAGGGCAUGGCGGAAAGAAGAGGAGGAGAGGGGGUGAUGAGGGUGGAAAGGACGACAGAGACAGGGACGAUGAUAUGGUAGAGGCAGGUAUGCCGAUGAAGCGCAAGAAGGGGUCCCGUUGAUAUCGUGUAUCGCGGCCUCUUACAGUUGUUUGUCCUGUACAUGGGAAUUCUGUACAUUGCCAAGCUCAGAAGUAUCGAAGCCAUAACGGCAAGUAUGUAAAAAGAGUCGGUGCGCGG